AUGAGCGGAACCCGCCAACGCCUCGAGCGCUUCUACGCCAAGUAUAACCCGGACAAGGUCUCGGAGAUCGAUGCCGCUCUGGAGCGCUACAAGGGUCGCGAGGCUAGCCUAUUUGAGGCCCUUGUGCGCAAGUACGGCCCCGAGCCUGCGGCCAACGAAGAGAUCACGUUCGUUGAUGCCAUGACGCUGCGCCUCCAGGCAUUCUACGAAAAGUACAACCCGGAGAAGAUCGGCGAAGUUCCAACCGUCCUGGCCAAGUAUGCGGGCAAAGAGCGCCAGCUCUUUGAGGCCCUUGUGCGCAAGUACGGCCCCGAGCCAGGCGACGAACAAGAGGAGGACGACGACGAUGACGAUGAUGACGAUGACGACGACGAAGAGGACGUCAUUACACCUGAAGAGAACCCGCUGUCCAAGGCGAUUGUCUACUGCCCCAUCGACAACCUCCCGCCGGACUACUGCGAAUAUGGCCCGAUGUUCAACGAGUGCAAGCCGUGGCUCGUCGAGCACUGCCCAAACCUCUUCAUCCAGAAGUACAGCCGCACGAUCUCUGAGCUCGUUGAAGUUGAAGCUCAAAUCGCUGCUGGCGUUGAAGGGAUCACGCUGGAGGCCGAAGGCAGCAAGAGCGUCAAGAAGAAGAAGCAAAAGGCAGCUGAAGAAGGCAAGCGGGGCGGCAAGGUUUUUGUUGAGCGCUUCCAGCGUCAGAAGAAGAAGUUUGUGACCGUCAUCGCUGGCCUCGACGAAUACGACCUCAACCUCAAGGACAUCUCAAAGCGCAUGGGCAAGAAGUUUGCUUGCUCGGCGACCGUCGUCAAGCUUGACAGCGGCAAGAGUCAGGUCCAGCUGCAGGGUGACGUGCAGCACGACCUCCCGAUCUGGCUUGUGGAGGAAUUCAGCAUCCCGGAAGAAGCCAUCUUCUUCCUGGAGAAGGGCAAGAUCGACCCUGCGUUUUAA